UUUCGUUCUCGUUGGACAACCAAACGUAUUUUGUUGAAGAAAAUUCCUUAGCUGUUCAGGACGUUUUGCUGUUGUGUCCACGAGGCCAAACUCUUGUUCAAGAAGACUUUAGUUGUGCCGAUUGCCCAGCUGGAUAUCAAGGCGAUUUGGAUAAAGACUUAAAAGCAAGUUGUGUUCCAUGCGCUCUGGGUUCAUACCAAUCACAUUCUGGGCAAACAUCGUGCACGGAAUGCUCCGAAGGAUUCACCACUGAGCAUGAAGGGUCUUAUGACGCAGGACACUGCACAGUGAUAUGCCCUGCAGGGCACUAUGGCCUUAUUAUUAACCAAACAAUUGCGCAAUGUUUAAUGUGUCCUGAAGGCACAUACCAGCCGCUGGAAGGUCAGUUUAAGUGCCUGUCCUGCCCGUCUGGUUAUAUCACGGCCGAACGCGGAACACAAGACAUCGCAAAUUGCAUUUUAGAAACUACGCCAAAACCGAAAGAUAAACCCACCGCAGAGAGCAAGACUACAGAGAGCAUAACAGACGAACAGACGGUUAUAGUUUCAACCGACAAGACAAACGUUUCAUUGACAAAAGAAGAACUGCAAACAGAUAAUGGAGGUGUAAAUGGUUCUUUGAUCGCCGGGAUUGUCGUCGGCGUAGUCGUUUUAAUUAUUAUAGGAUUUCUGGUAUUCUUCGUCUACCGAAGGCGCAAAGAGAAAAGCAAAAUGAACGGAGAAGUUACAGAAAAAGUCGAAAACGAGACCAAGUCAACGGAAGGAAGCACCUCUUGGAAAAACCCUAUCUACUCAGAUGCGGAUGACUUCGAUCUUCGAAGAGAGGCUGCAGUCAAUCCAACAUACGAACCCGCGUGUUUUGAUCUGCCCUCUCGUUGCGACAAACCUGCGACAACAGCAUCACAGUGUGGAAUGACCGUGUUUAGUAAUCCCGGUGCCAAAGACGAAGAAGAAGUGUGCCAUAAUUUCGAACCAGCGCCACUUGCGUUUAGUAAUCGCCUCUUUGCAGACGUAGAUCGUCAAGUUGAGUUAAAAACUGCACGUAUAGUUCGUGCUCCUGACAGUGAGUUUGGUGACGAAGAGGUUUAGGGAUGAGAAACUUGUUAAACAAGGAACCAUUUCUUCUUUUCUUAUAUUGUAUGUACCUCUGAGAUAGUUAAAAAUCUACUCCAAAUAAUCAAAUCCCUAAGUUAAUUUCAUGCAUAUAUACAGUACUGUUCAGAAAUAACCUAACAAAAACAGCGGUUAACCUAGGUCAAACCUCGGUCUGAUCGCGGUUGAACCGAGGUCAGACCAAGAUCGAACCGCGGUGAGACGGAGGUUUAACCUCGGCCUAACUCAGUCUGAUGAUGUUUUCGAUAUGAUUG